CCUCAUCCGUCGACAGUUCAAGUUGGCAUGCUGAAUGGCAGACUUUUGUGCCGACCGUGGCUGGCGCCUCGCGUGUCAGUUAUCCAGCGGAUCCCGUCGGGACACGCCGCUUCAUACAUUCGGCCUAGCGGGACGCGCUCUCUCAGUGCGUUAGUGUUUUGUUCGUGACAAAGUCACUGUGACUUCUCGCGCGCGUGUAAACAGUGGAAGCAGUAGCAUCGCGAAGAAAAUUAUUAUGUUAUAGUGUUGUUUUAAAGUGAACAUAAUGCAUAUGGAAAUGACAUAUCAGUGUAAGCGUCCGUCCUCGACGGCGUUUGGUGUGAUAAUGGUUGCGGUGGUGUGUGUUACGUCACAAGUUAACUCGUUGGAGGGGAGGGAGGAGCCACACAAGUACACUGUGGACGAGUUGCUGUCGACCAGCUUCCAGUCCAAGGACUCGGACGACCUCGGAAUGGACCCUUGUAAAGCUGGUAAUUUUCAAGGAGACAUCGCAAUAUCAGACGCAGAUUUUUUCAAACCUACCUCAAAACCACCUCCAAGUAACAAAAUAAACAAAUCACUACAAGAAGAAGUAGAAAGAUUGAAAAAGGAAGUCCUUUUAGAAGGACUGCAAGUGGAGGAAGAGGGUCUUACAGAUAUUUUAAGGAAAAGAACUAAGCAACCAGUUUUAUUAGAGAAACCAAAGAAAUAUAAUGAUGCCACGCUGUAUUCAAAGGUUUUACCAACUGGCUUAGAUAAAUCAAUAUCACUUAAAAAUGGUAAAUUACCUCCUGGGGAAAUGUUAGAAAAUAUUACAAAUGUUUCAAAUGAAAGCAACGUGGACCACCCAAACCAAACUGCCGUUGACAACCUAACAGAAUACGACAGUUUAGAACAAGACGGUGUUCUUUUAGUCAACAUGUCUACAGACAACAUUUUGAACCUUGACGAGCUGUAUCUUAGUAUUCCAGUACCAAAUGUAACGAAUAAAAUGGAAGAUGUAAGUAACAAAAUCCAGAGUAAUAGCCGUGAAAUCACAGGAGAUUCCAAAAACAUUAAAGUGAAAGGUAUUCCAGAUAAUAUAACUGUAGCUCCUGCGCCAACUAAUGGUGUUCUACCAACUAAUGACCAAGAAGAAGAUAGCGUGAAUAUGAAUAAGUUUAUCAAAAAUAAAACAGUACAAGGAGUAGGUGCAAAUUUAGAAGCUAACGAUUUACUGAAACCAACAGAGAGUCUACAAAGCUUAGUUGAAAAUCCUAAUAAUAACAAAAAACGAAGAAGAAGACGGAGACAUGGUAAUGGAAGGAGACUAAGAAAUAUACAUUCGAGUGAGCGAACAGGGCAAAAUACAUUAAAACAUUCAGACGAAUCAAGAGCGACGCACUUUGAAAGGAAAAAGUUUUUUCGUCACCAAAAAAAGUACAACAGUAAAGAGAACAAAGACGAGCCAAGACGAUACGAGAUACCUGUACACGAAUUUGAGGAAAAAUUUGAAGUGAAACCUCCGCCUAAGAAAGAUAUUAAUGAUACAGAACCAGCAGAUCCGUUUAAGAAUUGGUUUUUUCGGGACUCAACGACAGAUUUAGAUGCAAUGGAAAGCCAAAGUUAUAAUAAUACACAAUUGCAGUUCAUCAGGCAUCGUUCGGCCCGCGCAGCAACCAAUCGUAAGGAGCGCAUCUGGGAAAAUGGUGUGAUCCCGUACGAGAUAGACGGCAACUUCAGCGGAGCCCACAAGUCCCUCUUCAAGCAGGCCAUGAGGCACUGGGAGAACUUCACAUGCGUCAAGUUCGUGGAGAGAGAUCAAGACUUGCACAAAGAUUUCAUUAUCUUCACUGAGAGACCUUGUGGAUGCUGUUCGUUCGUCGGCAAGCGAGGCGGAGGUGCACAAGCCAUUUCCAUUGGGAAGAACUGCGACAAGUUUGGCAUAGUGGUGCACGAGUUGGGCCACGUGGUUGGCUUCUGGCACGAGCACACGCGCCCUGACCGCGACAACCACGUACAGAUCAUCAGGGAUAACAUCAUGACAGGUCAAGAGUACAAUUUCAACAAGUUGACUGCGGAAGAGGUCAACUCUUUAGGUCAAACCUACGACUACGACUCCAUCAUGCACUACGCUAGGAACACGUUCAGCAAGGGCACUUACCUGGACACCAUCCUGCCGCUUGAAGUCCACGGCAAGAAGAGACCGGAGAUCGGCCAGAGGGUUCGGCUCAGCGUCAGCGACAUAGCCCAGACGAAUCUCUUGUACAAAUGCGCAAAAUGCGGCAGGACUCUACUAGGCAACUCUGGCUGGUUCAAUUCACCCGGAUGGGGCACCGAAGCACCGCCCGCCACGCAGGAGCGCUGCGAGUGGCGUAUAGUCGCCACUCACGGCGAGCGAGUCGUACUCAACAUCACUGAAAUAGACAUCCACAAAUCGGAGGAGUGCCGCUCGGAGUGGGUGGAAGUGCGUGACGGGUACAUGCCUGAUGCCCCGGUACUGGGCCGCAUCUGUGGCUCGGGCAAGGGGCCCAUCAUGCGGUCGACUGGCUCGCGGCUCACUGUGGUAUACCAACCGGGGCCGCGCCUCAAGCCGCAUAAGGGAUUCAGGGCUCAUUACGAAGCCGUGUGUGGCGGUGAAAUAGAAGUGGACAGCAGUGGCCACCUGGAGUCUCCGAACUACCCCGACGACUACCAGCCCAACAAGCAGUGCGUCUGGAGCCUGUCAGUGCCGCCGGAAUACCAAGUGGCACUCAGAUUCCAUUCCUUCGAAGUGGAGAACCACGACACCUGCUCCUAUGACAAGGUCCAGGUCAGGGAUGGGAACUCCAUAGACAGCCCACUCUUAGGAAUGUUCUGUGGACACAAAAUACCUCCAGACAUCAGGUCCACAUCCAACAAACUGCUCGUGAUCUUCGAGUCGGACAGCACUGUGCAAAAAGCCGGCUUCUCCGCCACGUUUAUGAAGGAGUUUGACGAGUGCGCGUCCAUCGAGCACGGCUGCAGCCACUCGUGCGUCAACACGCUGGGCGGAUACGAGUGCGCCUGCGACAUCGGCUACGAGCUGCACUCCGACGGGAAGAAGUGCGAGAAUGCUUGCGGCGGUCUCCUAUACGCCCCCAAUGGCACGAUAACGUCUCCAUCAUUCCCGGAUCUGUACCCACCGUCCAAGAACUGCCUGUGGGAGAUCGUGGCGCCCCCUCAGCACAGGAUCACUCUCAACUUCACACACUUCGACUUGGAAGGCAACAGCAUGUAUCAGCAGGAAUGUGAGUACGACAGCGUGACAGUUAACUCGAAGUUGGGCGCUGACGUGCUGCGAAGACACGGAGCCUUCUGCGGGAACGCUCUGCCCCCACCUGUCACCUCUGAUGGAUCCGUGCUGAGAGUGCAGUUCACGUCCGAUUCUUCUGUCCAUCGCUCCGGUUUCGCUGCAGUCUAUUAUAUAGACGAGGAUGAGUGCGCCGAGAACAACGGCGGUUGCCAGCACGAAUGCCACAACACAUUGGGUGGUUACGAAUGUGCUUGUCAUAGCGGCUUCACUCUGCACCCGAACAAACAUGACUGUAAGGAGGGUGGAUGCAAACAUGACGUCACGCAGCCACACGGCACUAUCAUAAGUCCAAAUUAUCCAGAUACAUACCCAUCUCGGAAAGAUUGCGUGUGGCAGUUCUCCACUACUCCAGGACAUCGGAUCAAACUUAUCUUCAACGUUUUCGAGUUGGAACCACAUCAGGAAUGCGCGUACGACCACGUAACGAUAUAUGAUGGUGCGUCAGCAGACGAGAAGACGCUUGGCCGCUUCUGUGGCAGCAAGAUCCCGCACCCCGUGGUCGCGUCGCAGAACCAGAUGUACGUCGUGUUCAAGUCCGAUGCUUCGGUGCAGAGGAAAGGCUUCUUGGCAACCCAUUCCACUGCAUGCGGAGGCUACUUAGCAGCAUCAGAAACCGUGAAGCAUCUGUACUCGCACGCGAGAUACGGUGACGAUUCGUAUGAGUCCAGAGCUGACUGCGACUGGAGUAUCGUGGCGCCUAUAGGCCAGUUCGUGCGGCUGACCUUCCUCACCUUCGAGCUGGAGCCUGAGGCCAACUGUGGCUACGACUACGUCCAGGUGUUCGGUGGAUUGGAAGGCAGCGCCGGCGACUACGGCACUUUCUGUGGCACUAAGAUGCCACCAGAAAUAGUCUCCACCACGGAGGCUCUCCUCGUCAGAUUCAGGACAGACGACUCGAUAGUGUUCAAAGGCUUCUCCGCAUCAUACCAGGCGGUGGCACCUGAGGUAUGGAGCGGUGAGGAGAGCGGGGAGGGGAACGAAGGGGAGAUUGAAGAAGACGAGCGCAUGCCGCCUUUGGUUGUCGGACGACGGGCAUCCCCUCGCCUCGCGCGCCCCGCGUGACGUCAGCCUGUGACCCGCCUGAGACCCCGCACCCGAUCACGCCGACCCAAUAGAUACUGGCUUGUACCCCUGCCGUAUCCUUCGUAACCUAUCACAAUCUACAGCGUUCCUUGUAACCAUAUAACCAGACCCGUCUUUCCCAGUGGGCAGUUUGGGCAAGUGCCCUGGGCCCCGCGAUCGAUAGGGGGCCCCUCAGAUCGAAUACAAAGUCCCUAGUUCCUGUUAAAUCUCCAAACGGAAGUCAUAGGGGCCCCAUCAUCCUAAUAUGCCCAGGGCCUCCAAUAGAUCAAAGACGGCACUGCAUGUAACACACAUAUACAUAGUCCGCCACACUCUCACUUACUAUAGCUGUAUAUAUCGCAUAUACUAUAGUGCGUAUCCCCCCCGAAUCGUGCGUCCCGCGUGACGUCAGCCGGUGACCCGCCCAAGACCCCAAACCCGAUCACGCCGCCCAAACAGAUACUGGCUUGUACCUCUGCUUUAUUCCUCGUAACCAACUGUUACUAUAGGGCCUCUCGUAACCUUUUAACACCCACACAUUACUAUGGUGCCCUUCAUAACCUCGUUACACACAUGUAUAUAUAUAGGAACACUAUAGCGCGAGUCCCUUGCCCCGCGUGCGACUGGCACCGCUACUGUAUCCACUGUAACCUGCCACAUUGUGUAUCAUCAACAGCCUAUCCUAGUCCACUGCUGGACAUAGGCCUCUCCAAUUGCACGCCACUCAGAUCGAUCUAGGGCUACUCGCAUCCAGCUCCUGCCAGCCAUCUUGCGCAAAUCGUCACUCCAUCGUGCCUGAGGACGUCCUACACUACGUUUGCCUAGACGCGGUCUCCACUCCAGAACUCGUCUACCCCAACGGUUAUCGGUUCUUCGGCAAAUAUGGCCAGCCCACUGCCACUUCAACUUGCUAAUCCAGUGGGCUAUGUCGAUGACUCUGGUUCUCUGUCGGAUUACCUCAUUUCUGAUGCGAUCCUUCAGAGAAACGCCGAGCAUAGCCCUUUCCAUAGCGCGCUGAGCGGAUUUGAAACUGUGGACCAGCCGUACCGUCAGUGUCCACGUUUUGUCCACAUUGUGUAUAGCGCCCUGGAAUCCUGAUAACACUUACACAUACUAGAGCACGUCCCGUGUGACGUCAGACUGUGACUGGCCUGAGACCCCGCAUCCGAUCACGCCGUCCAAAUAGAUACUGGCUCAUGCCGCUACCAUAUCCCUCGUAACCUACUAUCACCAUCAUAUCAGCUGUACGACGCCCAGUGCUGAGCAUAGACCUCCCCCAAGGAUCUCCACACCGAUCAGUUCUGCGCCAAUCGCAUACAUCGGCUUCUUCUUCUUCUUGCUACGGGCGUUCCCGCAACUCGACGUCCUUAUGGCGCCUGUUGUGCGUGAAGAGGGUGUAUGGCCGGAAUCACUCCAGCCUGCCCAGCUCCGCCAGGAAGGCCCCCAGGGCCUUCACGUUGGUGAUUGCCUCUUGAAGGUUUCCCGGUGAGCCGAGGUAUUUCGCCCGGUAUUCGGCCACUCCGUUGCAUUCCAGCAGAACGUGAGUAGCUGUUUCUUCUGCCUCCAUGCAUCCUCUGCAUAGGGGGCUGUCCGUGACACCUAUGUUGAAAAGAUGUCUGUUAAAAUGUGCAUGUCCAGUAAUAGCACCUGUUACCAUGCGCAAUGUAGGUUUGCUUAGCUGUAGGAUAUACAACGGCUUACCGCGACCUUUACAAGAUCGUCGGUCCACCUCGUAGGGUCUGCCCACUGAGCGUCGUCCGGUGCAUGGUCGCCAUUUCAGAACCUUUCCGCCCCAACGGCCAUCGGUUCUUCUUACUGUGUCCCGCCCACUGGUUCGCAGGUUCAGUGGCUGACAUUUCACGCACCCCUACAUCGUCUUACAUUUCGUUUACUACGCUGAGACUCGUGCGUAGCUUACAUUACCCUUCGUAACCUCGUAACACUCACAUACAUUAGCAACCGUCCUAAUCAUCAUACUUACUAUAGCAUCCGCACCGCGAAACACCGUUAUUGGCUCGUAUUGCUACCAUAUCCCUCGUAACGGACUCGCAGUCACAUAUCUUCUUUCUUCAUUGCAACGGAUGUCUCCGCAAUCCAUCGUCCUUUUAUGGCGCCUAUUUUGCGUGUGGUGGGUCGGAGCCAAUCCAGCUUGCCCAGCCGGAAUGCCCCCAGUCUUCACAUUAUUAUUGCCUCUUGGAGGUUUCCCGAUGACCCGAUGUGGAGUAGUAGAAGGUACUCAAUCAUGCGUGCGAUUCAAACUUUAUGGCGGUUGUAAUGUCAGCAAUAGCAAUAUGUCAGGUUUCAGGUCAGUGACGGGAGCGCCUGCAUUCGUUUACUGUGCCGCGAUUCGCGCACUUCUCAGGCACCGUUAUACGUAGUAACUAUUAAGUAAUCUGUGCCAUUAUGUUUGACCAAACGCACCGCUACUGGCUUGUGCCGCCACCAUACCCAUCGUAAGCGACCCAUAUUCACCCAUACACUGCAAUUCAAACUUUACGUCGGUUAUGAGGGUAGCUGUGAAUCCAGGUUUCGAUUCGGUGAAGGCGUAAAAUUCAUUUAUAAUAAUAUGUAUGUUGAAAAAAAACCGUUGUGCCGAGGGAUCAGCUAAAAAAAACUACAGUGUCGCUGUAAAAUUUUCAGUAGAAAUUUACAAGUUACAACCCAAGCACUCCAUCAUUAAGGAAAAUGAAAAAAUAAUGUUAUAUAUUAUGUACGAGUAGGAGAGCGUAACAUAGCGGCCCGCGUGAAUAUUGUAAACUAUAUUUUUUUAAAUGCCUUCCAAAUGUAUGUUAAUUUUGUCUAGGUAAGUAUACCAAUAAGUAAUUUUAUCUUAGUAUACUUACCUAGACAAAAUUACCUACUGUGAAAAUAAAAUUCACAAUAUUAUUAUUUCUGUUAUUGUUAUUUUGAUAUGAAUUAUAUAUCAUUUGACUAAUUUAUCCAAUCAAUGGGGGAACUCUAAUUUACUUAGUGGUCGGCUCUCGGGAAUAUGCCUAAUUAAAAAAAAAUGCAAAUUUACUUAUUUUUUACGACUGAUUGAAAAUUGUAAAUAAAUUAUUGAUAGUUAAUAAUGUUUAGAUUUAUUACUUAACUAUUAUUAUUGGGGUUUGCCUGCUGGAUACUCGUAAUAUCUACCAAAGAUUUCUCUUAUUUAAAAACCUUGAAUGUUUCAAUUUCUGUAUGUCUAAGACUUAAACUAAGUAGACGUUUUGAUUUAUCUUUUGUUGGUGAACGGUACUUUAUAAAUAGAUCGUUAAUAAUGUGUGGAUUUAUAGACAGUUAUUUUUCAUCAAAAAAUGUAAGUAUUUUCGCAUUUUACGACCAAAGAAGAAAUUGUUUAAUGUUCAAUUUUGUUACUAAUGUUUAUUAUUUUAUUGAAGGGUAUAAACCUAUAUUUAUUUCUUCAUUUAUAUACAAUAUUACUGCACAUCUCUGUGUGAUGUUAUAUAAAUAAAAAAAAAACAAAACAAUUAUUGACUAACUUUUAAUAAAACAAAUGUCAUGUCAUGGUUGUUUUCUACGACAUAAGAAUAGAGUCCCUUUCACAAAAGAAUUCCCGUUAGUCUCGCGGCAAUUGAUGAAUAUUGGAACUAUUUUUACAAUACGAACCUUGUUGUACUUAGUGAAUUUAACUAUUUUUACAGUAGGAACCAUGUUGCACUUAGUGAAUUUUUCAUUAACGAGCUGCAAGCAUAUAUUACCCCACUCAACCUGAUGUGAAAUUUCAGUGGAGUCCAGUCGCUAAAAUAAGACAGUAAUUCCAACCUUACCGACCUGGGGCCCAAUUAUAUUAUCGCUUCAAACGAAUAAAUCUCGUCAAUUGCAAUGUGUGAAGUUUGUAAAGUCUGAAGUUUGUAAUGUCGACAGCAAUACGUUACGUCUCGUACGGUUCCGACUACGCAAAGCAAUUCGAUCGUUACUCGUUCGAAUAAUGUCGUAUUAGACAUUAUGAGAAUUGCACUACAUAGGUAUUUAGUUUUUCGAACUUUGAACUUAAUUUCGCUGGAUCCGAAUACAGAACACCAGUGCAACCUUUCUUACUGAAAAAAAAAAACAAGAACAAAGAUUGCUUAUUUUUUUACUGCGGUCAUAAGUAAGGUGGAGGUCCUUAUAUAUUAAAAACACAACACGUCGCGUACGCGUUAUUCGUUGCAAUAAAAAAAGUACUUCAAAUGCUUAAAGUUGUUAAAACUGUCAGCUUUUACGGGACUUCUUUCGUGAAAAGCACUCUAGAAAGUGAAUUGUACCAACAGAUGUGCCAUACUAAAAAAAAACUGUAAUUAAGAAUAAUAAUUUUAAGUAUAAUAAUGUAAUCAGACUUAUUCCAUGUUUUCUUUUGUCUAUUAACUUAGCGCAAGUAGAAGUAAAUUACUGAGACAAUAUGUAAUAUUAAGGAAGGUGUACAUUAAUUUUGUCAUAAAAUAAUAUUUAUAAUAAGUAAGUGUUCCGAAUCAUAUCAAUCGCAUAAUAUUCAUAGGAUGUUAAUCGAUUUUCGUAUAUAACUGUAUACUGAUAGCAACUUAAGUACAAUACAGACCACACGUUUUUUUAUCAUGGCAAUUUGCCAUAAAGUAGACGUAGGAAAUAUUAAAAAUGUUUGUUGUUACAUAGUUAUACCUACCAAGGUAGAUAUUACUUUUAGAAAUAUUACUGACACAGUAUAAUCUGUUUCUAUCUUUUAAUGAAUAACGUUUUAAUAAACAAUAACCACCCCUAGCACGAACCAUUAACGAAUUCGAAUAGUUUGUGAGUCCGAAAUGUCAUUGUCAAAUUUUGUAUGGCAACUUUUGCUGUUUAAACAGCACCACAACGGACGUAACGAAAACUAAAAAUCUGUACACAUUCGACAAUGACAUUUCGCACUCGCAAACUAUUCGAAUUCGAUAUCGGUUCGUGCUAAGGGUCCUGAACCAUAAUAACUAUUAGUUAGACAGCUUCUUACAUCAUUGCUCAGAGGUAGUCAAUGCCUGUUUAUGUUAAGCAAUUUAAGUUAUAAUUGUGCCAAAACAUUCAGUACUUUAAGUAAUGUAAAGUAACCUAUCUAUGUUAGUGUUUUAUAACAUAAGUAUGGAUAUGUGAGUAGGAAGUUAUUUUUAUUAAAAUGCCAUCAAAUUGAAUGAUUCUUUAAUUCUUUACCCACCAUAGGGGCGAAUGCACUGGCCGCUACCUAGGCCUUAACAGAUGUGUCAAAUUUCUUAUAGUAUAUCUUU